CGUUCAUGGUGGCGCCCAUAACGAAAUAAAAUACACGUAUUACGUAUUCGAUAGUAACGAAUCAUCAAUGCAUUAUGUUGCAAUCUCAUUAUCGGCAUAACGAAGUUUAUCAAGUUUUAUUAGGUGCCGAUCGAAGUUGUGCUUGUUACAGCUACGUUGUUGGUUGGGUUGAACUCGUUGGAGUCGAUGAAGUUGUACGGUUGAUCGAACCGGUGCUACGCGCGUAGUUUUGAUGAGAUGAAUAUCAUGGAUGAGACAUGGAGAUUGUUAUUUCCAAUAUGCAUCAAUGUGAUAAUGUCUGUGAUCGCGUUUUAUUCGACCGUGUAUUUAAUUCCCAAGAUAAUAUCCAUAUUUCUCAAAGCUAACCUCUGUGGCAUCGAUAUGAGCAAAAGGAGCAACGAAAAAGUGCCAGAGGCAAUAGGUGUUUUUACUGGAUGUAUAUUCCUCAUAACAAUGUUCCUGUUUAUUCCUGUACCAUUCACAGAUUACAUACUGAAGAAUGAAAAUUUUCCACAUGAUAAGUUUGUUGAAUUCUUGGCAGCAUUGUUGUCCAUAUGUUGCAUGCUACUGUUGGGUUUUGCUGAUGAUGUUCUGGAUCUUCGUUGGCGGCACAAGUUACUUUUACCCACUGUAGCAUCCUUGCCAUUGCUAAUGGUUUAUUAUGUUAACUUUAAUUCCACGAUAAUCAUCAUACCAAAACCACUGAGACAAUGCUUUGGUUUUUCAUUGGAUUUAUGGGUUUUUUACUACCUAUACAUGGGAAUGUUGGCAGUAUUUUGUACGAACGCCAUAAAUAUAUUAGCUGGGAUAAAUGGCCUGGAAGUUGGACAAAGCUUAAUAAUUGCUACCAGUAUUCUCAUCUUUAAUAUUAUAGAAUUAUUUGGUAGUCAAUGGAAAGCACAUCAGUUUUCAAUAUAUUUUAUGCUGCCAUACAUAGCUACUUCCCUUGCAUUGUUCAAGUACAAUUGGUACCCAUCGCAGGUUUUCGUAGGUGAUACAUUUUGCUAUCUAUCGGGAAUGACUUUUGCUGUCGUCGGUAUUAUAGGCCACUUUAGUAAAACUACUUUGCUUUUUUUCAUUCCGCAAAUCGUAAAUUUUCUCUACAGUGUGCCGCAACUUUUUCGUUUUGUACCGUGCCCUAGACACAGAUUACCAAAGUAUAACAAAGAAACAGAUCUAAUGGAACCUAGUGUAAUUAUAUUCUACAAAUCAGAACUUAACGUGAUUGGCAGGUUGUUGAUGUGGAUACUAAAAACAUUCAGGUUGAUAAAGUGGCAAGAAGAUCAAAAUGGCAUUAUAACUUGCAACAACUUAACUUUGAUUAAUUUUGUACUCAUCAAUGUUGGUCCAUUGAGAGAACCAACACUCACAUCAAUUCUACUAACAAUACAGAUUGUUAGCAGUGCAUUAGCUUUCGUUAUCAGGUAUCCUCUUGCUUCCAUAUUUUAUGAUGUUUGAAUAAGCGCAAAUGUGCGUUCUUUGACAUAUGUAUAUAUAUAUAUUGC